AUAUCUGGAAGAGAGAAGAAGAGAAUUUAUUAACCUGAGGCAGAGACAAUUGUCAGUGGCUGAGUAUGAGAAAGAAUUCGUCCGAUUAAGCCGCUACGGAAGGGAGAUAGUCCCAAAUGAAGCUGAAAGAUGCAAGAGAUUUGAAGAGGGACUAAAUGACAACAUCAAGAUCCAGCUCACUGCCUUGGGAAUCACAGAAUUUACCAAGUUAGUGGAAGCUGCCAUAAAGGUUGAAAAAGUGAGAAUUAGUGAGUGGACUAGAAGAGAGAGACAGCAGAAGAGGGGACCGGGUCAGUCGAGUUCAGCUCCUGCAUCAGGGAAGAAGUUCAAGGGUCCUCCUGCACAAAGUUCUGCUCAGCCACAGGGCCAGGGUCAGUCUUAGGUGCCCAGGCUACAGUUCACCCCUAGGAGAGGACAGUCCACACCAUCAGUGGGCAGCUCUCCAGGGAUGGGGUUCAGGGGACCAGCCCCAACAUCUUCUGCAUGUCCACACUGUCAGAAAUGGCACAAGGGGGAAUGUUGGAGAGUGACUGGUGCUUGCUUGAGAUGUGGGUCGAUAGAACAUCAACUUAGGAACUGCCCACGCAGAACUACUACAGCUGCUCCGACACAAGUAGACAGACCUGCUCCUGCACCACCAAGGGGUAGAAGGUCUGGUAAAUCCGAAGCUGUGGGACCAUCUCAGAGGCCUACAUCUGAGCCAGCAGAGAGGCCAGAUAACAGACCACCUGCCAGAAAUUAUGCCUUGAGAGCUCAGGAGGAACAAGAUGCCCCGGACGUCAUCAGGGGUACUGGAGAUUCCGACCGUGAGCCCAGUAGACCACAGACUGGGUGAGUCCAUCUGACAGUUCUGCUCAGUGUCCGUGUCACCUCACUACCUGCAGUGCAUCGGUAGGGCACUAGGUGUCAUUUUGUCAUUUUGAUAUU